AUGCCUGACGUACAGGUUAAAACAAACGAACCACAAUAUGAAAACUGGCUUGGUGCUCAUUCCAAAAAAGACAAAUAUCUCACUGAGUCACCAUUACUGGACGUUGAACUUCCGCAUGGUUUGCAACUUUCUGCUCGACGUGGGCCUGAAGUUGAGCUCUAUGAUGUAGCCGGUGUUCACUUACUUUGUCCACCAGACACAAGAUCGAAUAAUCAAAACAGUAAACAUGUAUGGUCUAGACUUCAUUGGUUUAAAUCAUUUUUCAACUCUAAACAUAAGAAAAUUUCAAGUGAUUCGCCAGUAAUUCUCUCAAAUAAGAGUGCAGAUAUCAAGUCCAGUUUAUAUAAUCUCAGUUCUAGUCAUUUGCCCACUAAUGCAUCGCAGUGUAUUUCAUCAAAUUACAACCAAAAAACACAAACUCGUAAUGAUUUAUCAUUGUCUACUCAACAUGCUAUCUGCCAAAAACAAUCAUACUUUUCCACUUUAAAGGAUAGGCUAUCAAUGAUUGGCUCUGUCUAA